AUGGCCCAAUUGUUAUUAGAUGUACUCCAGAAAACAAUAUCUCAAAACCAUGAAGAUCAAAAGCGAGCGCUCGAAUUCCUUAACGAAGCGUCGGCUCGAGAUUUCCCUGCCUUUGUCAAAGAGCUAAGUGUGAUUCUACGAUCCGAAGAGUGUCAACCAUUUGCACGUCAAGCUGCUGGACUUCAAUUGAAGAAUGUCUUAUACGCUAAAGAGGAAGAGAGACGUGCUCAAUACCUUAACAGAUGGUUAGCUCUGCCUGCCGACAUUCGUACCCAAGUGAAAGUGCUUGUCGUGCAGACCCUAGGAACCGAGCCGUUUCGACCAUCUAUUGCCGCCCAAUGUGUUGCUGCUAUUGCCUGUGCUGAACUGCCAUCCGGCCACUGGCCUGAUGUUAUCGAUGCAUUGCGAACAAGUGUUACAAACCCUGCAAGCUCGGCAUCUUUGAAGGAAUCAUCCCUAGAAACCUUGGGUUACAUCUGCCAAGACAUUGAUGCUUCGGUAUUGGAACAACAGUCGAACUCAAUUUUGACGGCAAUUGUGCAUGGAAUGCGCAAAGAAGAACCUUCAUUUCAUGUACGGCUUGCUGCCACCAAUGCUCUUCUAAAUUCUCUCGAAUUCACUAAGAAGAACUUCGGCAUGGAGGCGGAGCGACAUAUUAUCAUGCAAGUUGUAUGUGAAGCGACUCAGUGCACCGAUACUCACGUGAAAGUUGCUGCGCUGCAAUGUUUGGUGCGGAUUAUGUCGCUGUACUACCAGUAUAUGGAACAGUACAUGGGAUCAGCACUUUUCGCAAUUUCCCUCCAAGCAAUAAACUCAGACGUUCCCGAAGUUGCUCUGCAAGGAAUAGAGUUUUGGUCUAAUGUGUGUGAGGAAGAAAUUACACUGAGCAUGGAAGCUGAAGAGGCAGCUGAGAAUAACCGUGUGCCGGAACAGGUGUCAAGACAUUACGCUAAAGGAGCUGUUCCGCACAUUUGUCCAAUCAUGCUUGAAAUCCUCACCCACCAAGAUGAAAAUGACGACGAUGAUGACUGGACUCCAUCGAAGGCGGCUGGUGUCUGCAUCAUGCUGAUGGCACAAUGCGUUGGUGACACUAUACUUGAGCCAGUGAUGCCCUUCCUCAAACAUUUCAGCAGCACAAAUUGGAAAUAUAAAGAAGCUGCUAUCAUGGCUUUCGGAAGCAUUCUUGAUGGACCUGAUCCGACAAAACUGAUGACUCUCGUUGAGCAAGCGAUGCCAGCUCUGAUAGAUAGCAUGGCAGAGAAGAAUGUGACCAUUCGUGAUACUUCAGCGUGGACAAUCGGCCGAGUGCUUGAGAUUUGCCCUGAAAUCGUUAAUAAAGAUGGCAUGUUAGGGCGUUUGCUUCCAGCUCUGAGUCAAGCGCUCCAUCAGGAACCUCGCGUUGCUGCAAACGUCUGCUGGGCUCUGGUUGCGCUUGUGAAGGCCGCCUACGAUAUGGCUUGCAGUCAAGGAACAGACAGCUCUGGACAGCCCGAAACCUACGCUCUUUCAUCUUGUUUUGAAGCAAUGAUCUCCGAGUUAAUCAAAACGACAGACAGGACCGAUGGCAACCAAUCUAAUCUGCGACUGGCCGCGUUCGAAACGCUUAUGGAGUUGAUUAAAAACUCUCCUAAAGAUUGCUACCCUGUUGUACAGAAUACCACAGUAUUGAUGUUGAAGAAAUUGGAGCAGUUAUUGAAUAUGGAAGCAACUACUACUUCAAGCUCUGAUAAGAAUCAGCUUAUGGAUCUACAGUCGUUGUUAUGUGCGACACUACAAUCAGUAUUGCGAAAAAUGCGUUCUGAAGAUGCGGCACUAGUUGGAGAACAUGUCAUGAAUGGUCUUGUACAAAUUAUGAAUCGCACUUCGAAUAAUAAAGGCGGUGGUAGUGUAAUGGAAGAAGCACUUCUGGCGGUUUCUGUUCUAGCCGAAACUCUGAGCAAUGGCUUCCUUCCAUAUGUUGACGCUUUAAAACCGCAUCUAAUGCGCGCUUUGGUUAAUCAUGAGGAGCCACAAGUUUGCGCGGCAGCGGUGGGUCUGGUUACGGACAUGUGUCGUGCCAUUGAGGUGAACAUUGCUCCAGCAUUGGACGACAUAAUGAAUACUCUCGUUCAAAGUCUGCAGAGCAGUCGCUUGGACAAAGACGUGAAAGUGACCAUUCUUGGCUGUUUCGGAGAUAUAGCCUUAGCGAUUGGCGAGCACUUCGAGCGCUACAUUCAAAUAGUUAUGUCCAUGCUCAUCGAAGCUUCUACUGCUGCUGUUGUGACUAAUCCGCAAGAUUAUGAUCAGGUGGAUUAUGUGGACAAGUUAAGAGAAAACUGUGUGACCGCAUACACUGGAAUCCUUCAAGGAAUGCGACCUGCUGGCUCCGAGAACGAUCCUGAAAAGUUGAACCAAGCCAAGCAAUCGUUGAGUCGUUUCGUUCAACCGAUGUGUGAGAUGAUCGCAAAAUGUUGCGAGACUCAUCCAGUACCUCCAUCAGAUGGUCUUGUAGCGACAGUUGCUGGAUUGAUAGGCGACUUGGUAGUGCUGUACGGAAACCAGAUCACACCCACACUCAAUAACGAGAAGGUAAGCGCACUUUUGGGGCGAGGACGAAAGAGCCGCACAUCGAAGACGAAUUCCUGCGACAUCUUGAUUUGUGCCUCAAAAUAUUGUCGGAUUCCGUCUCCACAUGCUUGCUCCCCGCUCGACCUAUGGCUGCAGAGUUCCCUGUGA